AUGUCCUACAACCUCUCUUCCUCAUCACUUCCGGGAAUGGUUUCACAAUACAGUGAAAAUGGUCUAAACGCAGCCACCUCAAUGCCAAAUCUUGGCCCAAUGGGAAUGAUGAACGGAAAUGGAGAGGUUGUGGCAAAUCAACAAAUGAAUGACAACGACGAGGACUACAAUCUGACGCUGACACCGGAUAUGGCGGCCGGGAUUCGACAAGCGAUGUCAAUUUGUCUGGAAUGGGAAAAUCGAUUGGUU